AUGGUGGCUUCUACAGCAUCAUCACCUGCAAACCAACAACGGCCUGCUGCAAGUAUAGCAGCCCCAACUAUUGCUUCAGCUGCUACUUCCUCUACACGUAGCAGAGAAAUUGUGUGCCACAAGUGCCAUGGUCGUGGACAUGGUGCUGCUCAAUGUCCAAGUAGGAGGACCAUGAUUGUGAAUGAGCAUGGUGAAUGGGAAUCUGAAAGUGAUCCUGAGGAAGAUGGUCCAAGAUAUGAUGAAGAACUUGAAACUGAUGAGAAUGAGAUCUAA